AGUAGCGAUCGGGGUUCCGCGCAGGUUGUUGGCCCGCAGCACAGCGUCCAGCCUCCGCCGGCCCUUCCGCAGUCCGCUCCUGGAAUGGGCCCCGCUGCAGGCCAGGCCUUGCCCCCAGCCACCCCGGUGCAAUGUGGCAGGUACCAGCCCCACAUGGGCCAGGACUUUGCUCACAGCAGCCAGCGCCAGGAACCCAGCCCCGCGCCCACCGCUGCAGCCACCUUCCAGAAGGGACUUGGUGACGCAGAGGCGUCCUGCGGGAAUGAACACAUGUGGCCUCACCUGUGGCCCGGAGUGGCUUUCCCCCAGCUGUCUGUGUCUCUCCCGCGGGGACCGUCAACGCAGGACGGUUACAGCUACGGACAGUCGGCAGCCGCCAGCAGUGACGGGGACAAGUGGUACUUGCAGCCGGCUGCCUGCCAAGCCGGACCCACGGCCCUGGACACGCUCUGCCAGCCAGGGACCAAAGACGGCUACGGGGAGCCCAGCCCCAGGGGUGGUCACAGCCACGCUCAGCCCCCACGACAGGUGCCCCCAGUGGAGGCCGGGCAGCCAGAGGGCGCCUCGAUCUCAGGCUACGUCUACCCCAUGGUGACAAGUGUCCAGGCCGAGCCAUCCACUGUGACCUCCUACCCUGCGCCCUCCUACGAUCCCAUCUGCACCCCGUACACUGGUCCAAACUACCCCGGCUACGACGUGCUGGUGUACCCUGCAGCCCGUCCCCACUGUCCUCCACCCCUGUCCCCGCAAAUACAGCCCCCGCCUCCCCCAGAAUCCCUCCUGCAGCUGCCGCCCAGGCAGCCUUCAUCACCCGUGGAUGGCUCCGGAAAGAGGCCCAGGCCCGACUUGAAGCUAUCGUCACCCAAUAAGCUGCCGAAAGCCCAGAGGGGGCCCAGGCAGCCCCAGCUCCACUACUGCGACAUCUGCAAGAUCAGCUGUGCGGGCCCCCAGACCUACCGGCAGCAUCUGGAAGGGCAGAAGCACAAGAAGAAGGCGGCUCAGAAGACAGGCGCGCGGCCCGGCAGCCCGCUCGGGGUGCAGGGACAGCUGCACUGCGGCCUGUGUGCCGUGUCCUGCACGGGGGUGGAUGCUUACGUGGCCCACAUCCGGGGUGCCAGGCACCAGAAGGUCUUCAAGCUACACACGCAGUUGGGGAAGCCCAUUCCCCCUGUCCAGCCUGCACCCGAGACCAGCAAGCCGUCCUCUCCGGCCCCGGAGCACACCCCUGAGCCCGAGGCCCCCACCGGCCCCACCAUGCACGCUCAGGGCCACCCAGCGCCGGCCAGGAGACCGGUGGCCUCAAAGGGCCUGCGCAAGGGGCCUCCCGAGCCGCAGGCAGCGGGCAGCAGACCCCAGGGCGGGAAAGUGGCCGGACCCAAAUCGGAGGGGCCCAGAGGAGCGCCCAGCCAAGGGGGCCCGGGGGCAGCUUCUGGAGGCUGCUGUGACGCACAGCCAGUGGGCCCCGACUACGUGGAGGAGGUGUGCAACAGUGAAGGGAAAGUGAUCCGGUUCCACUGCAAGCUGUGCGAGUGCAGUUUCAACGACGCCAACGCCAGGGACAUGCACGUGAAGGGGCGGCGGCACCGGCUGCAGUACAAGAAAAAAGUGGACCCUGACCUGCCCGUCGCUGUCGUGCCCAGCAACAGGGUGCGGAAGCUCGUGGCGGACAGGAUGCGGAAGCAGCGGCACCUGGCCAGGCAGCGGCUGCAGGAGCUGCGGCGCUGGCAGGCGGAGAGCAGGUGCCACCCGCACUGUGCCAGGGCUGCCCCCACCACCCGCUCCCGGCGGCGGGUGGCAGGGGGAACACAGGCUGUUCCUGUGGGCACCGUGGGCGGUGGACACGUCUUGGCGUUGGAGAAUCGGGCUGUUCGCGGAGACAGGAGAGAGGGCAGCGGCCUGGCAUCCACUGUGCCCCCCGGCCAUCAGCACACUGUGCGGGUGGAGGAGGAGCUGCUAUCUCAGGAUGAGCAGCAGCAGCAGCAGGCAUCGUCGGACGGGUCCCCUCCACCCCCCACCGGCAGGCCGGGGACGUCCGCUGCCCCACUCCCGCCCAGGCGGCGGCCGGAGUCCAGCGACGACCGGCACGUGAUGUGCAAGCAUGCCGCCAUCUACCCCACGGAGCGGGAGCUCCUGGCCGUGCAGAAGGCCGUCGCCCACGCGGAACGGGCCCUCAAGCUGGUGUCGGACACACUGGCCCGGGAGGACCACGGACGCCGGGAGGAAGAAGGCGGCGGGCACAGCGGCGUCGCGCCCUCGGCUCGGGUCCUGAAAGGCGUCAUGCGAGUCGGCCUCCUGGCAAAAGGCCUUCUCCUACGGGGGGACAGGGACGUGCACCUGGCCCUGCUUUGCUCCGAGAAGCCCACGCACGGCCUGCUGCGGAGGAUUGCGGAGCAGCUGCCCCAGCAGCUCCCGAUGGUGACUGAGGAUAAGUACGAGGUCUCCUCCAACCUGGAAGCCAACAUUGUCAUCUCCUCCUGCCAAGAGCCCAGGAUGCGGGUCACUGUGUCUGUCACCUCUUCCCUGAUGCGGAAGGAGCCCUCUACGGACCAAGAAGGAGUGGAGGAAACUCGGCCUGACCCAGGAGAUGUCCUGAGCCCCGAGAAGUGCCUCGAGUCCCUGGCGGCCCUGCGCCACGCCAAGUGGUUCCAGGCUCGUGCCAGCGGCCUGCAGCCGUGCGUGCUUGUCCUCAGGGUCCUGCGGGACCUCUGCCAGCGUAUCCCCACCUGGGGGGCCCUGCCAGCCUGGGCCCUGCAGCUGCUCGUGGAGAAGGCUCUGAGCAGCGCCACCGAGCCCCUGGGCCCCGGGGCCGCUGUGAGGCGCGUCCUGGAGUGUGUGGCCAUGGGGACACUCCUGGCAGACGGGCCGGGACUCCGGGACCCCUGCGAGAAGGACCAGAAGGACGCCCUGGAGCCCAUGACGCCGCAGGAGCGGGAGGACGUGACAGCCAGUGCCCAGCUCGCCCUGCGCUUGCUGGCCUUCCGGCAGAUCCACACGCUCCUGGGCAUGGACCCGCUGCCCGCGGCCCGGUGCCGGCCCGGGUCCCGCUCCCGGAAGAGGCGGCCGGAGCCCAGAGAGGCUGAGGAGGCCGAGGAGGGUGCGGGCGAGAGGAAGCAGGCCCGGAGGGACGCAGAGGGGCUCGCAUGAGCCGCCCCCGCCACCCAGGGGCCUGCACGCCCGGACACGCCUGUGCUCGCCGGCCAUCGGACAACGGUGUUUCCCUUCCAAGUAACGUUCUGUGGGUUUCUCUUUAAAAGAAGCACAUAUGAGUGUAAAUCGUUAUAAAGAUGACACCACCCGGCACUCGGCACUCGGAGCCUCGAGGCCCUCUCCCCACAGGCCCUGUCCCCCCGACGGCCAGGCGGGCAGGUGGCAGGUGCCCCACACACCAUGACUCUGAGCUCCGGUGUUUCUUGCUGGCCCUAAACUCACCGUGUGGUGGGUUGAGGGUGUGGGUUUUCAAUCACUUCCUUUGGAUGGGCCCGCAGGUUCAGGAAGAGAACAUGGGGGAUGGCUGGGGGCUGUGUGUGGCCGGCAGGCCUGUGUCACUGCCCACCCUCACCUGUGUGGGACGAGCCCGAAGGAGCACCCGGUGGCUGGGAUCCCCCAAACCCAGGCUGCUCCAAACAGACCAGCACCGCAGCCUGGAGGGCGAAGGCUGGAGCUGGCUCAUUGCCCGUGGGGAGGGUCACAGGAUGCUGCCGACCAGUGAAGACGCAGGCUGGGGACACCUCUGUGCUCUGACCCCGGAGACACCCCACUCCCACCCACACCCCCAACCACCAAGUGCCUUCCAUGGAAAGGAGCCACCGGGAUCGCGCCCCUGAGGCCUGGGUCCUGCCUUUCAAAUUCCUUCCCUCCCUACCUCUGUUCCCUCGGUCUCAGCCUGUCCCCCUCCUGGGAGCAGGGCCCAGGCCCUUGCCUGGAGGAUCCCGGGCAGGGCAGUCAGCCCGAGGACACUGGGGAGGGGAAGGGGCCUCUUGGCACCGGGGGACAUUGGGGAGACCCCCUGCCCAGCACCCGCUCUGCCCGUUCAAACCUGUCCCGUCGCCUGGAGUUUCCUUGGCUGGCCGCCCUGUGGCCCCGAGCGAGAAAAGUCCACCUUUGGACAGACGUGAUCCGUGGCCGUUCGACUCACUCGGUUCGUUUUUCCGUGUUUGGAGGACAGCCCGCGUGUGGCUCAGCCCCCGAGUGUCUUUGUAGGGCGACCUGGAGACAGGGCGAGGAAUAAA